CCACUUCACAUAAGGCGAAGCACUGCCUUACCAUCUCUAGAUCGCAUCAGCGCCAAGGCGUUGCUAAGGCGUCACCUUACCAGCGCCUUAAAAACUAUGUGUUUAAUUAUGAAAAUAAACGUUCAAAUGAUUGACUUAAUCUCUCCUCUUUCUGUAUGUAGAUCCAAAAUAACCUGUAACGCUCUUGAUUAUUAUAUUUUGUUACUUCCCUUAUAUGUUCCCUUCAUUAUUAUUGAAGUGGUAAAACCUCUUCAUUGUUAUUGAAAUGGUAAGGCCUCCUGUUUCAUCCACCCAAUGCUAUGGUCAAUCUCUACAUCCAUGUCUCUGUAUGUGUUUCAGUGUUUGUAUGUGGUCGUCAGAUUUUCUGAUUCUUACUGAUUUAUAUAUGGAAAAUUAUAUUGUUCAAAUGAUUGAUUUAAUCUCUUCUUCUGUUUGUAGAUCCAAAAUAGCAUGCAAAGCUCUUGAUUAUUGUAGUUUGUUACUUCCCUUUCAUGUUCCCUGCUUUGUUAUUGAAGUGGUAAAACCUCCUGUUUCAUCCACCCAAUGCUAUGGUCAAUCUCUACAUCCAUGUCUGUGUACUCAUUUGCAUGUGCUCGUCUGAUUUUCUGAUUCUUACUGAUUUAUUGAAAUGCAUAUGGAAAAUUAUAUUUUCUUUUAUUUUGGCAUUUGGGAUGACUCUCAGCAAUUCACAUUCUGAAUUGUGUGAGCACCAACAACAUGCUCAGUAACAUGACUUAUACAUCUUGUAUUUUAUAUUGAAGUCCUUCAUGGUGGAUUUCUCAACAUACCUUGUCCAAGUGAACUUUACAAUGAGGCUAACCUACCGAACACCUCCCCAUGAUGAGGAUGAUGUUACACCAGAAGCUGAACCUGAAAUUAGAGAAUCUGCUGCAGAUCCAGAUGUUGACACCCGCAACAAAACACAAUGGGAUGAUGAUUGUCCUUGGACCGAAUGGUAUUCUGCAGAAGACCCAGUGAAAGGGUUUGAGUUGAUUACCAUAUGGUCAAAUAAGGUGGUUGAGAGCUCUCUACAAAUGGCUGAAUUAGAAAAUGCUUCAUCAGAUGAGGCUGAGAAAUGGUUCAUUGUUCCUAUUUUGUCUUCAAAUAUAACGGAUGAACCAAAAGGAAAUACAGUUGGGUUUGCUUCGCAAUUGAACCUUUUGGUUAAUGCAUUGGAUGCGUCCUUCGAGGCUCAGUUUAUGGAAGAUUUUGUAUCAGCUGAAAACUCUGCAUCUGACAAUUUAAACUCCUCACUGACUGUACCACCUCCAACAGUUCUUGACCGUAUACUUAAAGAUCUUUUUCAUGAAGAUAUAGGAGUUCAAUCAUCAGAUCAUAUUAAGGACGAAGACAAAAAUUCAAGAGUCAUAAAAGGCGCACCAAUUGAGUCUCUUUUUGCUCAAUUUUGCUUGAAUUGUCUUUGGUUUGGCAACUGCAACAUACGUGCUAUAGCGGUUCUCUGGGUAGAAUUUGUUCGAGAAGUUCGCUGGUUUUGGGAGGAGUCGCAACCGUUACCCCGAAUGCCAACCAACGGUGUUAUUGAUCUAUCCACAUGUCUAAUCCACCAGAAACUACAAAUGCUUGCAAUAUGCAUUGAAAAGAAGAGUCGAUUGAAUCAAAGUAAUCAAGAUAAUUUUGAAAGAGAAUAUCAUUCUUCUGGUGAUAUUGAGGAAAAUGACAAUGUGGUGGCAGAGCCAACUCAAAUGCGGGCUUUGACCGAGGAGUUUGAUGUGAAACAUGACAGCUCAUUGAGACGAGAUGGUUCUGAUUCAACUGUUCAAAGGUCUAGUAUUGAGCCUGAAAAUGCCGUGGGAUCUACAUGUCCACAGCCCGAUCAGAUCAGGAGGGGAUCAUCUGGUGUUGUGGGGUCAAUGAUGCUUUUGAACUCACACCAGAUGAUGCAUGCUCCUUCUACCCAGGAUCCUCCAAUUAUGACAGAAGAUAUGCAUGAAGAACGGCUCCGUGCAGUUGAAGCCCUUGGUGGUGCAUUUAGCUUCUCUGCACAAUUGGAGAGAGAUAUCCUGUCUUCAGACAUGUCAGCAUUCAAGGCAGCAAACCCUGAUGCUGUUUUUGAAGAUUUUAUUCGAUGGCACUCACCUGGUGAUUGGGAAAAUGAGGAAAUCAAAGAGAAAAGAACCUCUGGAGAAAGAUUAACAGAUGGAUGGCCUCCUCGGGGAAGGCUUUCACAGCGAAUGUCUGAACGUGGGAAUUCAUGGAGGCAAAUUUGGAAUGAAGCACCUUCUUUGCCAGCUUCUGACCAAAAGCCUCUUCUUGAUCCUGAUAGAGAAGGAGAAAAGGUCCUCCACUACUUGGAAACUCUAAGACCUCAUCAACUGCUUGAGCAGAUGGUUUGCACUGCCUUCAAAGUAUCCUCUGACACUCUUAGUCAGACCUCUUUUGGUGGUCUAAAACAGAUGACGACCAGAAUGGAUCAGCUGCACCUGACAAUAGCAUCCAUUUUGAAGCCUUUGCAAGCAAAUGUCUUGCCUGAGAAGGUUGAGAUGAUAGAUGACCUGAGGAGAUUAUGUGUCAUCUUUGAACAUGUGGAGAAGCUUCUAAUCCUUGCAGCUUCCAUGCAUCGUAAGCUAUCUCAAGCACCACGUCUUUCAGAAGCAAGUUUCAGUGACUGUUACAGUUAUUAUAGCCCAAGAAUGGGAACAGGCAAAUUAGAGAGCAACAUUCGGAAGGAAUUCAAUACGAAGCAACAGGUGCGGAGGUAUGAGAGACACAUUGUGGAGAAUCUGUUUACACCACCUACAGCCAACCAAUCAUGGAGAAAAGUUCUAAGCAUGGGCAAUCUUCUUAAUGGCCAUGAGCCGGUUGUGAGGGAAAUCAUUUUCUUCAUACAGGAUAGCAUGAGCCAUGAUCAUUACGGGGAUCGGAGGAGCCCCCACGAAGAUAUCGAGACACAUCGGAUGUACAUAUGUGGAACAUCUAAUGAUCUCCGGGUAGCACAUUCUGUUACCUCAUGUGAUUAAUCUUUUUAGCAUUUCUUAUUGUCAUUCUAAUGUAAUUAUCUAUUGAUAGAUUUGUUUCUUAUGUUUAUUUAGUUGAAAUAAAUUGAAGAACAUUUUUGAAA